AUGGCUAUUGGUGUAUGUGCUUCUCACAAAAUCGCCGACCGUGCCACGUUGUGCACCCUCAUCAAAGCGUGGGCAGUCAUUGCUCGAGCCAACCCUAGUAGUUCAUGUGUGGACAUUCCAGAAUUUGUUGGUGCUUCAACAUUUUUACCAGAACCUAUUCCUCAUGUUUCUCCCAACUGGUCUAAUAUAGUUGAAUCAUCCAAAGCCUUUGUUGGUAAUCAACAUGCAACUAAAUUUUUUUCCUUUGAUGCAUCUACUAUAGCGUCACUCAAGGCUAACGUCGUAAGCGACGACGCUGUGUCAAAGCCCACACGCGUCGAAGUCGUGUCCGCCGUGAUAAAAGGAAUUUCAGAAUUGAGUUCCAAAUAUGUGGAUAAAUCGAGACAUGAUGAGGCAAUCUUGGCCAUUAUCCAAGACAACUUGGAACUAGGACUUGCAUUUGUUGGAGGGGAGAUAGAGUUAUACAUUAAUAGUUGGUGUGGCUACAAAUUUUAUGAUGUUGAUUUUGGUUGGGACAAACCUUUAUGGGUUAGUCCAAUCGACCUGCCAGUCAAGAAUUUUAUUCUACUGAUGGAUUCAAGAGAUAGCGGUGGAAUAGAUGUAUGGGUGUAUUUAAAGGAGAAAGACAUGAAAGUUUUUGAGCAAGAGCUUAUUGACCAGCUAGCAAUUGGAUCUGCCAAAUAG